AUGUCAUCAAUACAUCCAAGCGCCGAAGUGGACCAUCCAUCGAGGAAGAGAAGACGUUCAAGUCCCACUGCAGAAGCACCUCAUGGCACACCUAUACAGAAUAUCAAAAUGAUGACUGUAGAAAAAUCUGUCCAGAGUCUUGAUACCGCAAUCGAAAGAUUAUUGAUGCCAAAUUUCCAAGAACAUCCCGAGGUUGAAGUGCAUAUCGCGGAGUUGCGCUCAUUCAAGGAUAAAUAUCAAGCGCUAUGGACGAAAUACGAGCAGAUUGAAAAGGAAUUGCAGCUAGCCAGAUUCCGGACGCAGUCUAAUGAUAAUGUCGAUGACUUGGCCGAGGCGGAAAAAGAAGCCCUUUAUAUUGCACAAGUAAAAAGCAGCAUGACCGAGAAGUCAUUGAUCGGAACUAUAUCUGCUACUAACAUCGAACUAAAUAAACAGAGAGCCAAUGUUACGUAUUAUGCACAUGAGCUGGAAAGAGUUAAGAACAUUGUCAACAAAGAUUUUCACCUGAAGAAGGAUUUGUCGCAGAAGAUCAAGGAUCUCGAGCGACAACAGCAAGAAGAGAACAAGGCGUCGAAAAAUGAAAUCAGGCUUCAGAAACAAAAAAUGACGGACUUAAUCACAGUCACUGAAGGUCUCGAGAGGCAAGUAGCACUUUUCAAAAAGAAUAAUCAAAACCAGGCAUCAACCAUAAAAGAAGCUGCGGAAUGGAAGAAUCAGGCAAAGAGGACUGUUCAACUACUUGAAUCGGAGAAGGCUGAGCUCAGUGAACUGCUGAAGUCAAAGGAAAGCGCUCUUCAAAGUGCGAAUAGAAAUUCCGGAAACUUGAAGCUCAAGAUCAAACAGCUGGAGAUCUCCGCGGCAAAUGCAGAACGGUUCGGAAAUGCAAAGGUCCAGGAAAUCCAAGUUGCUCUGAGAAAGAACGAUGAACUCGAAUUGUACAUCACGGUCGCGAAACAAGAGUUUUCCAGGGAUGUCGAAGGAUUGCGAUCGAGCCUAACAGAUGCGCAGAGUUCUCAUGAAGUUACAAUGGAGGAACUGCAGUCAUUUAAGCAGCGGAAUGAAGAACUACAAUUAGCGAUUGAUCAAAUUCAGUAUAAGAAAAACGAACAAGCGCAGGAGUUGGAUAGCCUCCGGAAGGAGAACAUUGACCUUCUGGAUCACAGAAACCGGGAGUAUCAAGAGCUUCGCCAGAAUUAUGCGAACCUUAAGUCUACAAUCGAAAUUCUCAAGUUUGCGGGUAUGGAAACAUUCAAGGUGCAUCUUGCUUUCGUAAUCUUAACAAUCGUCUCGUAUUCUCAAAGUUUCCAGAACGAGAAAGAAACUGAAGGUUGCAAGAGAAAACAGUUGGUGACCGAAAAUGUUUGCAAUCACGAGAGAGAUUGGGAGAUGUUUUGCAAACAAAACGAGAGGAUCAUGGAGUCAUCUCGUGUGAUUAUCAUGGCCAAAGAUCAUGAACUCGAGUGCAGAACAUCAGAACUCAAUACUUACAAGGCGGCACUGAUUGACAUGGAAGUCAAUGCUGGCAGAACCCUUGAGUCGCUGCAGCAUCAUAAUCAAGAACUUCAGUCACUUGUUGUAGUUCAGGAUGUAAAAGCGCAGCAAGUCGAUACUCUGACAGAUCAGAUUGAGAAAAAAGCUUUGGAGCUCGAAGAUCUGCGAAGGGAAAAAAUUAAUUUAGCACAUUCUUUUUCAUCGAAAUGCCAAGAGGUAGAAGAUCUCCGCAAUGAAUUUCGUUCCUCUAUGCAAACCAUCAAGGAUGUAAAUGAUGCGGAGCUAGAAGUGCGUAUAACCUUCAAGCUUUCUCUUGCAAUGCUUACUGUCUCGCAGAAGAUAAAUCUGCAACUUUCCAUACUCAAUAAGGACAAGCAGGAUGCAUGUGUACUGGUCAAGGAAAAGGAUCAAAUUAUGAAGAACAUGAGGGAUACGUUUGUCGAUAAAGAGAAGGAAUUGUUUAGACUUCACAAAGAGCAGGAGGAGCUGAAGUGCGCACUUGAUGCUGCAAGGCAGGAGUUAGGAAAAUUGCAAUACUCGGCAUGUAAGGACGCUGAAGAGAUGGCCAAAAAAUCCGAAGCUCUAGAAAGGGAGGACGGAUACUUGAAGACAGAAACUGGCCACAUCAAAGUGACGAAUGAUGCCCAAACGCAAACGGUUCAUGAAAAUGAUGAUCCGAAAGCUAAAAGCAACAAUUCUUGGACAACAGAGGAGGGCGUCGAUCUGUUAUGCACGACAUUGCAUACUCAGCUAUCUUUUGCAGACGAGAUGACAGAGAACCGAGCGGUACUAUCCGAGGAGCGCGCGCUGGUAUGCCCUCUCAUUCCCGAACCAUCGACCCACCAGAGGCUUCAGAAGCAGGGAAAAGAGACCAUGCCGGCAACUGCGUUACUAACGAAUGCACAUACACCUGAAAACCAUGAAUCUCAGAGCAAUGCGGACCUGAGUGAAAAGGGGAGAACCGGAAAACCGAGAACUACACACGUGGAUGCGAUGAAAAGUGACAAGGCAGGGACACGACUACGGGCAACACGAAAAGUGCACAAACUAGUUGAGGCAGGAAAGGCAUACAAGGCCGCAGAAGACACGGUGAAGGAUACACAUUCUGAACAGGAACAAGUGCGAGGCUCUGGAUCUCCCAAUGUUGUAGUCGUCGACUUGUGCACAGAACUGGCGAUGGCACACGCGGAAAACGCCGACUUGAAGACCAAAUUACAAGCGGUCGAAGAGGAUCGUAAAGGAAAAGAGAAAGAGCUUCAAAGCAUGCAGGAAAAGGUGCUCACCUCAGAUGAGAGCCUCAAGAAUAUGAUAGAGGAAUGCAAAUCUCUUGAGAUCGACAAGAACAAGAUGAAAAUCCUUCUUGCCGAGAAGCACACACAGUUGCUUGAUGAGCAGGAUCAAACUUCUCAAUUGACCGUCCAACUGAAAGAUUUCCACGAUUCUCACCAAUGUACACUCCAUAUCAAGGAACUGGAACUAGAAGGUUUACGGGUAGCUAACCAGGCUCAGUAUCAGGAACUUGAGCAUCUCAAGGACGACAUGGCCAAAAAUGCGGAGGACUUGGCAAAGAUUUUUCAGCACGAACAGGAACGAGCGCAACAGCUGCAAGCUCCGCAAUUGAAAGAGCCUACCCAGGACGUGGAUACGGUAAUAGCGCGUGCCGAAACAGUCAAUCUACAGAAACAAAUACGAAUCCUCGAGAAGGCGCGUGGAUCACAGGAGAAAUACCUACAAGCUGUGCGGAAUAGGUUGCUCAGUUCAGACGAGAGUCUUAAGCGUAUUUCAGAGGACCGCAAAUCUCUCUCGAUUGUCAUCAAGAGCAUGAAAGCACAUGUCGCAGAGAAAGAUACACAGCUUAGAAAUGAGCAGGCGCAAACGUCUCGUUUGACUUUGCAAUUGAAUGACUUGCUGGAACAAUACACUUGUCAAAAGUGCGAACUCGCGACCAUGGAGCAGAGACUUGAAGACCUACGAACAACUCAUCAAGCUCAAUACAUGGAGUCUGGGUCUUACAAGAACGUUAAGACUAACGCUGAAGACAUCAUAGCUCAGAAUGACCAUCUCAUGAAUGCACAAGCAGGGUCCACUGAUCUGGCCAUGCAAUCAGAAAGCUUGCACAAACAAACUGACUCUCAACAGUCUAAAUUGAAGAGCACGCUGGAGAACCCUCAAAUAACUAACCAGGCUCAAUUACGGAAACUCAAGUCUUCAAAGGACGAAAAAAUCGACGCUCAAAGCAUUAAAGAAGGGACCAGCCAACUAUCGAUUGCUCAGGCGCGAGUCGAAGUGGAAGCCCUUCGUGCUGAAUUAGAUGACCUUCAUACUGAUCAGCAGAAGAGAGUGUCCAAGUUGCAGGAGCACCGCCAGCAAGCUGACUAUUAUCGAAUCGCCUUUGAACGGGUGAAACAAGACAACAAGUCACUUGAAGUCCGAAGGAUUGCAGAAGAGAAAAAAUUGAACGCCGCCUUGAAUUCGAAUCAGGUGUUGGAAAAUCAGGUCUUGCAAUUGCAGGCUCGACUGAGAGCUCAGUUCCAGGAAGACGGUUUACGAUUCGGGGUCUAUAUCUUAUUUUCAACGAUCUCUGAACAGUCGCUUAAUACUUUGGCAUCCAAUCCUGCAGACUGCAUUGGUGCUGAGUCACCGCUAAACCCCGCUAUUCAAUCUGACUCGAAUACACCUACAACACUGGAUGUGGAAUCGUGGAGAGGUCUGAAGAAAAGUCUGAGCAAUGCUAAUGAAGGAGAUAAUAGAGAAUACCGACUGUUCAAGAAUCCCCGAGCAUCUGUAUAUUCGCAAACGAAGCCGUCCAAUAAGCUGGCUGAACCGACGAAGCAGAGUAAAAAGGUCAAUUGA